UUCACUGGAACACAUUGAUGGGCUGGAGCUAGGAUUAAAGUCAUAUGACGGCUGUGUUCCAUACUGGUUAAGGGUCAAGAAUAUAAAGAACACCCAGAUGAUGAGAUCUCACGAAGCAGACACAGACAUGGAUACUGGACUGAAACAUAAGAAGUUGUCUCACGUGUUGAAGGAUGAGCAAGGGAAGCAAAAUGACCGCCUACAGCAGAGAGAUGAAGAUGGAUUCAGUGAUGAAGAAACAGAGGAUUGCCAGCUUUAUGAUAGCCUUGAUGCAGCAUCACACAACCAUGCCAAACGUACCCCCACCCUGUUACAGACUGAAUAUGCGGACACAAGCCAGCUGCUCUCUGACGAUGCCUACUAUGACCUACGCUAUGACCCCAACUGGCGGACCAACCUGAGGGGAGUUGGCUGCUUCAACCAGAGUCCACACAUUUCUGUUGAGGAAUAUUAUCAGUUCCCGAAAGACAAACUUACUCAUCCACCUGUUGAGAGCCGAGGACCUGUUACAAAAGGAGGGUACAGAUAUAUUGUCGCCACAAGUCCAGCUGUUCUGGUAACCCCUGAAAUGGCCGGCAAUGAGCCUGACCCAACAUCUCACCACUGUCACCACCAUGCGUUACAAUUCCGAUCAUCAGAGGUUGACUUUUCAAAGCCACCCUGCAAUAUUCAUGAAGAGGCAAAGGACAAAAGUUUGCUGACAGGUGAUAAAUGUAAGACCUUCCUGCAAGAACUGAGAUGUACACAAGGCGGACUCACUGAAAGAGAGCAGAUCACCGCAUUCCCCAAGGUUUUGUUUAACAAAAUGCCGGAACGAUUGUCAGAGGACAUUGUGGAACGCAACAAAACAACGCUGGGACACAACACAUCCAAAUGUGGUUCGUACGUGAGUGUGCAUGUACUUAAGCGGGAUGUCAAUAAGCCCCAAGGCCCCCAGAUCAGGGAAAGGAAGAAAGCCCAGCAGAAAGAACACCCCAACCUUACUCUACCACAGAAGGAGCCACCAGCUGAGUGGGGAGACCGUCGGAGCUCCGCAUUUGCCGGAGCAUCCACUGUAACUCAGCCGAACCCCCAGAAGGCGACUUCAUUGCAACCCUUGCUCCCCACCAUCCACCUCAACGUCAGCCUUAACACUGCUUCCUAUUUCCUUCCGUCAAUCGGAGCCCAGGAUGACCUCAUGGAUUUAGCAUCUCUUCACAGUUCUCCACAUUGGAGCCCUGCAUCUGAAGAUGAAAUUUCUUUGUCCCCUGGAUGUCAACAAACAAAUCCAGGAAUAUCCUCCCGGAUGUCUUGGAGACGGGAAAACGCACAUCUGCCCCACCGAAAUGAGGAGAGUUGCUCGAAACAACGGCAAAGGGGAGCUGCAUUGCAGUGGCCAUUAACCUGUGAUGGGGAGGACCAGAAGCAAAUUGCACAAAACCUCACUUUGUCCCUGGGCUCCAGCUCCUACCCACUUCUGCCAGCUAUAGGAAAGUCAAUGACAGGAACAGAGCAGAUUCCUGAUAUGAACUCAGUCUAUCCCGUCCAUAGAAGCAGCUCUAACAGCUACCUGAUUCAGAUGGAGAAACAGAAACAACUAAGGACGAGAGUCACAUACAAGGCAUACAGUCUGAAAGACUACAAGCAGUUGAAAUCAGAUAUAGUUCUGCAAGGCCUCGGUCCUGACUACACAGCCAUAGAAGAGACAGCUGAGAAACUGAAGCGACAGAAGCUGUAUUCAAAUGUGAUCCGCGAGCAGAACAAAAAGAUAAGUAGGAUUCCCUUUCUACUGGCCAAGGACCCGGAAGGCAAUGACAACAAAGUUCCCAGGAUGAAGGCCUUGGAAUAUGCUAAAACCAUAGCCAAACCUCCUGUACAGUUUCAACCCCAGCAGAGACAGAAAUACCAAUCCAAAGGCUUCCGUGAGCAUGUUUUUGACCCGGAUGUCCCCCAGAUGGCUGAACUGGAAGCCCUUAGAAAACGGCAUGAAGAAGAAAAGAAGGUUGUGGCACUCUUCAGAAAACAACAUGCUGUCUAAGGCAAGAUGAACGGAUCCCACACUCUACUAUAAAUUUAUAUUCCAAAAGGACGGAUACAACAUACUGCCGCAUUCUAUUUGUGAGGCCGAGUAUCAUGUCAACAUUCAUUACCACAUACCUUUUGUGGCAGCUAUGUCACUUUUAACAUUUAGUUUUAUCGGGAGAAAUUUGACAUUAAAUGAAUCACUCUAGUUUUGUUUUAACAAUGCCAGGGAAUAGGUUUACUGUGGUCUUUGAUUUGGUACUGCAUAUACUUAAGAGGUGUUGACUAAGGAAAUUCUACUAGUUUAAAACAGAAAUCAUCAAUUUUUAUGGAUUUUUUGGAACUGGUGUCCAUUACUAUGUCAAUUAACUGCAGCAUUUCUGCCUUGGCUUUACUACUCAGCCAAAACUACAGGUUCCUUCUUACAUCUGAAUUACUGCAUUCACUUCAAAUCAACGUGUUUCAGCAAAAAUUUCCUUCAGUUCAUUUGAAUGAAUAGUGUGUUUGGGAUUAUAAAAAAAAAACUCAGUUGUGAAAAUAUGAAACAGCAUCGUCUCUGGAAAAAAUGCAAGCCUGUAAAUAUAACAUUUGGGUAGCAAAUCAAGACAGUGAUCAAUGGGCCAGUAAAGUGAAACAGGUUAAUGUAAGUGUCACUAACAUGGGCCAACUGUGUGCAAAGAACUCUUUGGAUGAAUUUGGUUGUCAUGCCUUGUCUAUUACAUCCAACUUGUUCCUUGUGAUUUCUUCCCGUGUACGAAACUAAAUAAUGAAGCAGGUGUUGUUCAUAUUCCGUCCUUCCUGUUUCUUUAGUAUCUAUUUACACACACACAGGGUCCAUCCGAUCACAAGCAGCAAAGAUUUGUUUUCCAUGCACUAUUGGUUUAAGGGGUGUAUUCUUAUACAUAGAGAGAUGUUUGCCUUUCUCUUAGUGUCACUGGAAACAUUUUCUUACUCAAAUGAUGUGCUAGUUGGAUGUCACUGACCGCCCUAAGGCUUUUUUUUAUUUUUAUGAAUGAGUCAACCUAAUUAACUAUUCCACAGCACUGUCUAAUCCACACACUCUAUUUUUCCCCAAAUAAUUGUUUUACCCUAUCAUUCUUAGCCCAUUACACAGAGUUUAACCUAGAAUAUUCAACAAGUCUUUUGUUGUGGGUCUUGGUCUUCUUUUUACGGGAGAAAAACUGCUCAAAUGAUGACACUUUGAAGCUCCCUGAUUUGCUCACAGUCCUGUGUUUUGAAGCCUCAUUGUGAGUAGUAACUCCUCCCCAACACAAAGCACUCUCAAGCAGCUCAUUUUACUAAUUGAACCCUCAGAUCAUUAUCAAAGCACCAUUUACCUCUGUGCCAUAUUUUAAUGAGAUUAUAGUCUCUAUUUAACCCAUCAUUGAAGCCCUGUGUUUUUAGUGUUAAGUUCUCCGCUGCAUGGUUGGAAACAAAGGGCCGAGGCCUUAUUAAUUUAAUGAGAAACGGCGCCUAUCUAGACUUAGUCUCAUUGCUUCUUUUUUAGGUCCCACCUACUUUUUUGCCAUUGAAAUUCAGUUAAUUGAACGAGUCUGUCUCCGUUAUACAAGAAGGAGCCAAAUUAGCAUCCCUUUCUGCCCAUUGGGAAGCUAAGGCAGACGAGGAGGCUUUGAUGUGAGAAGCACAAUUUCAGUAGGCGGCAGGCUUCCUGAAAAUGAGCUGAUGGCCCUGCUAUUAGGACCAAAUGCAGAUGCGUCCAUGUGUUGCAAAACACUUAAUCUUUUAAUUGAUCACCUUCUGCAUGGCCUGUUCUCCACGUAGUCCUUUCCCCCCACCGCCUGUUAAUCCCAAUCACACAUUUUCUUUGACACAAAUAUCUUUUUAAAAGAAAAGGAUGGCAAUUCCGGCAUGAAGGACCAGAAAGGAACACUUGCUAUCGUGCAAUGUGGUCAGAGACGGAUAAUGUUAGAACUAAUGAAUACAUGCAAUAAGGUCAAAUGUGGCAAAGUCGAUUUUGCCUCGACAUUUGUUUAAGAAGUGAAUUAUUAAAAUAACCCUGAAAUUGUGCAAAAGUGUCCACCAUAUAGCUUACACACACUACUAAAGGAAAUCCGAACUCAAAAUCAUAAAAUCUGUUACAACAUUGCAGCAUCAAAAAUCUUUGGAAUAUGUGCUGUAAAUUGACACAAUGUAAAGCUAAUUUUAUGGAAUAUGUAAAUUUUGUAUGCCCUUUUUCUAUGAAUAAUAAAACGAAAUAAAUCUUUUCCCACCGCAAAACGAAGUUUGGACUGCAGAUGAUUUAAAAAUAAUAAUGAAGUUCAAAUAUAAGGUGUUUCCAUGGGCACAUUCUGCAUUGAACAAACAGAUUAAUGGCGGCACAAGAAAUACAUUAACUGUCUAUAGGCUUGAACUAUACCGCAUUUUAUUAA